CCUUUGUAACUUCCGGUUUGCUGUCACUCCGAAACGGAAUUCGCCCUGAACCCAUCCGCACAAUGACGUCAUCAACUCGGUUCAAUCCUGUGUUUUGUUCAGUUUAGGCAAAACCGAAACGAAGCUCUGUUAAACUACUAAUGUAUGAACACAUGAACUUGCUACACAGAUUUACCCUGAAUUGACCGACUCCUCUUCUAGACAGCUGGAUAGUGCUGAAAAAAUGAAUGGACAGGACACUGAGCAGCCUGAGGACACUGACACAAGAGUGCAUAACCAACAGAAGGCGAAUAAGAAAGAUACAGCUGGAGUCAGAGGUCAGUCUGAUGCAGAACGAGAGGACCUUGACAAAUUAGAUGGGAAGUGCAUCAAAGGCAAGAAUGAAAACGAUGACGUGCCACAUGCUGGGGAGAGCCCAAGACUGAGGAGGUCCAAUGAGAAACAAAAAAUAGGUGGAGAUGCAGACAGUGGUAAUUCUGAAGAAGAAGACGACGAAGAAGAAGAAGUAGAGUGUUACACUGAUGAUGACAUAGAUGAAAGAAGUCAGGAGGGGGACUGUGGUCUUACCUCUUCAGAAAUAAACCAGAGUGUGAAGAGCCCACAAACGAAACAUGUUAAACGACAGGACACUGAGCAGCCUGAAGACACUGACACAAGAGUGCAUAACCAACAGAAGGCGAAUAAGAAAGGUACAGCUGGAGUCAGAGGUCAAUCUGAUGCAGAACGAGAGGACCUUGACAAAUUAGAUGGGAAGUGCAUCAAAGGCAAGAAUGAAAGUGAUGACGUGCCACAUCCUGGGGAGGGCCCAAGACUGAGGAGGUCCAAUAAGAAACAAAAAAUAGCACAUCUGGGCGAAGGCGACGUUCGUGGCCAUGUUGAAACAAAAAAGAGCCCAACUGCUGCUGAUACUUCCAGAUGGUACAUAUUAUUAUUUUUUCUGCUUGCUCUUCUGGGUGUGGUUCUGUGGUUUCCGAGUACCUCAUCUCCACCCUUGCAAAAACAGUUUAAUUUGCUGGAGGUGUUUUGUCAAGAAAUGGACAAGGUCAAAGCCAGUUUCCCCAGCCAGCAUCGUGAACUGUGGAGGAGAAGCAGGAUCCACCUCCAGAAACAUCUCAACCUGACUGAUCCAACUGAACCAGUGAGUCUCAUCCUAACUUCUGGUCGUGCUGCUGAGAAGACUCUGGGUUGUCUGGCUCACCAGUUAGCUGCAGCGUUUUCUAACGCUCUCAACUCCUCAGUCUUGGCUAUUGAUGGAUCUAGCAAAAGUGAAGAAGGCAGUGACCAGGUUAAGCUGGACAUUGAUAAAGCGCUGAAAGAGGCUUUUGAAGGUGGCACACAAGCAGCUGUUAUUCACCGUUUUGAAGAGCUUCCUCCUGGAUCUACACUCAUCUUCUACCGCUACUGUGAUCAUGAGAAUUCUGCCUUUAAGAAAGUCUUUUUGGCUUUCACUGUCAUGCUACAGGAAGAGAUGGAUUUCCCACCUAAUGUCAGUCUGGGACUGGUGGAGGAGGUAGUGCAAGAGUAUUUAACAGAGAAGUUUGUCUCCUCUGAAAAGACGGCUAAGUUUAACCAGAUGGAUUUAGACAAGCUAAGUGGGCUGUGGAGUAGAAUCUCCCAUCUCAUCCUACCGGUAACUGCAGAGCAGAAGAUUGAACAGCACGGCUGUCAAACAUAAAGGUGACUUUCUGUGAACUGAACUGGAGGCUUAUUAUAGUUAUUCUACAGAAAUGGUCGGGGGAAAUCUACAGGGAUCCACUGAUUCAUAGUUUCAACAUAGUCCUCUCUCUCUCUGUGUGUGUGUUUGAGUGUGAGAGAGAGUGUGUGUGUGUGUGUGUGUGUGUGUGUGAGGGAGGGUGUGUGCGACUGAUAAUACUUGAAUUAAUUUGAAAAUGCCUUAAGGUGACAUAUUACAGUUUGUAUAGCUUGAAAUUAUAUAAGCUUGUGGAAUUUUUAAUGAUACAUUAGAAAAUCAGUCAUUUGGAAUAUUGCAAUGGAUCUGGCUAGUGUAAUCAUUUCUGACUACAUUUUUCUACACAAUCUCCUUUUCCCUGAAAGGCAACUCAGAGGGCAUAUGAAGUUUCAACAGUGGGUGGUGUUAGGAGCAUGUGGAAGGCUAUGUUUUCCUUGCAGUUGCACUUCACCUUGCAGGCAGAAGUGAGCUCAACAAAUAACAAAGUGCAUCUUUAAGUCUGUGGGAGAAGAAAUUGCACUGUAAAUGGACUGUUAUUCACUGAAAAUGUUUUGAGCAGUUAGCAUUCUUUAUAUGAAAACUUUAAUUACAUUAUUCUUUUACUGAAAUAAAAGAAUAAACAUUUUAAUUGUUUUAAUUUGAUUGUUGAUUUUGUUUCUGCAGGGUAAAUUUAAUAAAUGCAACUUUUGAUCCAUGUAUAAAUAAAUGUAUGAAUAAACCA